GCCAAUCAGAAGCCGAGGCUCCAUAUUGAACCUUUGUUUUGGUGUCAGGGUUGCAACUUUAGAGUUUUUAACCACAAAAAUAACAGCAAACCGGUAGAAUUUCUACUUUUUUUUUUUUUUUUUUUUUUUAGCCGGGGGAGGGGGGUAACGGUAACGAUGAAGCUGGCGGACAUUAAGAAGCUUAAAGUGGCCGAGCUGCGUUCGAGGUUGAAUCAAGCCGGUUUGGACAGCAGAGGACUGAAGACAGAUUUGGUGGAGCGCUUGUGGUCUUUGCUGGAUGACGGCGGACAAAAAGGAAACUCGUACGAACGAGACGUUCAACCACGAGUUCCAGCCUCUUCCCUGUCAGUGCCAGCCAGUACCACCCGGUCCCCGGAAGUGGUUGUGGAACUCGUGGCUUCCACUUCCUCCCUAAUUCGGCCGUCUUCCCCGGCGGAGCCGGUCUGUGUCGACCCGCCGCGUGGACCGGCGGAUCGGCCCCGAGAGUUCUCCGACUCGGCCACCCAGACGGAGGCCGGCGACGUCUCUGGGUGUCCGUUACCCGGCGGUGGUGAGCGUCAAACCGAGAAGGCGGAACUGCAGCGGCCGGCGGCAGAGGAGGAGCGAGGUCGAGCAUUCUACGAGUUUAAAGAGGAGAUACGAUAUAAAAGAGCCAAACCACAACCACAAGCUCCGGAGAGAGAAGAGGCAGAAGAAAUAGAUGAAGAUGCGGUCAAACUGAAUACCUACGACAGUCACCUGCACUUCCAGGUGGGCCCGGACGGCGCCGGUGGCCAACCGCGGUUCUGGGACAGAUUUCCACUGCUGUGGUCCGGCGGCAGGCUCACCCACGGGGUGUCGCAAGGCAGGGUGGGCUUCGAGGUGAGGCUGGAGAAGACGUCGUUGGGCUCUCAGCCCGACGGCCCGGAAAACCAACAGUCCUACGGGGUCCGCGUUGGCUGGUCCUCGGCCCAAACGUCCCUGCUGCUGGGAGAAAACGAGUUUUCCUUCGCAUACGACGGACGCGCUACGAAAGUGACGCGCGGGAGAGCCGAAGAGUUUGGGGAGCCAUUUUGCGAAGGGGACAUCAUCGGCUGUUACGCCUCUUUUUCCCCGGACGGCGGCGUUCAGCUCUCCUUCCACAAAAAUGGCCGUUUUCUGGGUGUGGCCUUUUCCCUAGAGGCGUCUGAGCUCGGAGGCCGCGCGCUGUUCCCUCACGUGCUCUGCAAGAGUUGUGCGGUCCGCGUCCUCUUGGACCCCACGGCUCCUCCCUGGUACCCCCUUCCUCCGGGCUUCGCCCCACUUCCGGCGCUCCCUCCUCGGCUGAGACGUCGCAAUGCGUCUCAGCUGAGCUCCAGAGCGCAGAGUGAGAUGAUGUUGAUGGUGGGUCUCCCCGGUUCCGGUAAGAGCCACUGGGCAAGAGCUCACAUACGGGAGCAUCCGGAGAAAAACUACAAGAUGUUGGGCACCGAGGAGCUGCUGUCAUGCAUGAUGAGCGGGGGUGCGAGGGAGCACCGACUGCAGCAGGCUGCCCACUGUCUGACCGAGUUGAUCAAACUGGCCGCUCACAUGCCAGGCAACUACAUUUUGGACCAGUGCAACAUUCUCUUCUCUGCACAGCGUUACAAGCUGCAGCUAUUCUCCGGCUUCGGGCGGCGCGUGGCGGUGGUGCUUUUCCCCUCUGCGGACGAGUGGAAAAGACGUCUGUCGGAGCACCAAAAGGACGGCGAGAAUAUUCCGGAGACGGCCUUGCUCAAACUCCAAGUCAGCUGCAGUCUUCCCGAGCAGCUCGCCGGCAUCUUGGACGAGGUCCACUACGUGGAGCUGGAGCAGGAAGCGGCGCAGGCGCUGCUGCGGGAGUACAAAGACGAGGCCCGACGGCUGCUGCCGCCUGUCACCCAGCCGGAGAAACUGAAGAAAUGUCAGCUGAAGAAAAGGCCGCACCCACUCGGGCCUCCUCCGCCACCUCACUGGGCCAGAGGAACUGGGAUGAACAGCUGGAAUAACACGCAGUCUUGGCGCCAGCACUGGAAUGCGCCGUAUCACGACCAAGCCGUGUAUUACUGCAGCGGCUACGAGGGCUACUGAUGGAAGAAAUGGACGCGACAGCAUCGCAACCAACAUACAGGGGACAUUUUUUUUUUUUAAUAAUUGCUGUUUUCAAGAA